AAAAAGAUCAAACGAUCGGAAGAAGUUUGGGAUGCUGCGCAAGGAAUCCAUUGACUGGAGAGCCAUUUCAGAAAGCCUUGAUCCUAUGGCUUUCCUUCUCUCUCUGGGAUCGCUGUAAUUGGGGGGCAACAUGUUCCCGAUGCUUCGCCUGGCCGUCGUCAUUCACCUGCUGCUCCUUCGGAAUGCCUCUUCCUGUGAAUCGUGGGAAUACCCCAUUGGGGGGGAGUGUUGCCCCAAGUGUGGCGCAGGACUCCGAGUUUUAAGACACUGCACCAGGGGUUCGAGUACAUCCUGCGUUUCCUGCAACCCUGGUUGGUUUACCGAGCAUCCCAACGGAUUGACCAACUGCUUAAAGUGCUGGGCAUGCCCUCCAGGAAAUCACAUGCAAGUGAAAGAGCGGUGCCACUACACGAAGAACACAAAAUGCACCUGCCAGCCAGGUUUCUUCUGUAUACACCAACUGAGGGAAGAUUCCUGCGACGCGUGUAUGAGGCAUACAAUCGUUCCUGCGGGCUUCAGGGUGACACAACCUGGCACCGAAAAUUACGAUGUCCUAUUUGAGCCCUGUCCUCUGGGGACAUUUUCAGCUAAAAAAAUGUCAUUUUCUUGCAUGAAAUGGACCAACUGCAGCGACAAAGGCUUAAUCGAAAAACACGCAGGCAAUGCCACUUCCGAUGUGGUGUGUGAGCCCCAACCAAAAUACCUUGAAAUAAUUUUGCCUGUAGUCAUCAGUGUGGUGAUCCUGGUCCUGGUUUUAACCUUUGCGCUGUGGAAAAAUAAAAAGUGCCUGAUGAAAGCAAUCGGCAAAGGAAAGGCAGAGGAACUACCUUACACCGUGCCAGAGAAGGAAAGCAUGGUAAACCCCGUACAGGAAACCAGCCCAAAUCUUGGACAGCCAAGUUACGCAAACCUUUGAGAGGCGAACAAGGUUUACAACGCUACUGUGGCCGGCCACUCCUUGUGCGAUUACGGUGGGAAAAGACUCCGAGGAAACUGAUUUGUAAUGGAUCACUUGGACCUUCUCCGUUGGGAUCUUUCCGAAAGGAUCCUGCUCCAGAUUCAGCUAGAGAAGCUGGGCUAAGCUGAAACACAGGCAGAUCUAAAGAGUGAGCCAAGCUCUCUUCCCAAGGAAGGGCAAGACUGAUCUUCCCAGAAAAAGAACACUACAAAAAAAAAAAAAAGACAAUAAGUGCCACAAUUUUUCCGGGUCUCUGGCGAGCAUGCAGGAGGUUGGACUAGAAGACCUUCAGAGGUCCCUUCCAGCCUUCCGACGCCACGAUUCCAAAAGGAAAGCCCAUCUGAAUACAGGUAGUCCUCGAUUUACAACAACGGAGCCCAACAUUUCAAUUGCUAAGAGUGACAUUUGUACGACUCUUUCUUGCCCCUGUUGCUAAAUGGUCGCAAAAGGGGAUGACCGUCAUAAAUUUGAGCCAGUUGUCAAGCAAAACUGAUUUUUGUUCGUGGGACAACGGUCAUCAGUGUGAAAAACGGCCAUAAUCUUUUUUGGUGCUUUUGCAACUUUGAACAGUCAACUAAAUGAGUCGAGGACUGUCGGUAUUGCAAAAAUAUAACCCACCUUUUCGGUGAGAAACAGGGAGAGAAAGCCUUGGGUGGAAAGGAGAAGGAAUUGCAGAAGUGUGUAUAUGUGGAUCACGGACACACAACUUACUCUGGAAAAAAAACAGCCGUCCCUGGAAUGCUUUGCAACGCCUUCUAACAAAUCUAACGUAGUUUUUUUUUUCCUCCGGGACAGAGAGGAGCCGUUUCUAAAUAUGAUAUCUAAAUAAACUCAAAAUUUGUCUGCUAGGUGGCUGGGGAAUUCUGGCAGUUGAAGUCCACCUAUCCUCAAGGGGCCGAAGUCGAGAAACACUGCACUACUGUAUAGGAUAAUUGCUGAUUUAAAAAAAAUAACAAAUUUUCGGGCAAAUUUCUUCUACUCUCCAAUCCUUUUUUUUUCCGUUGGGAACUUGUUUCUGCUUAAUAUUUACUUUUUAACCUCAAUCCCCACAUGGGGGGCUGCUGUGGGAGAAAUGGGAGGGAGGGUGAAUAUUAUGUAUGGUUUGCCUUUGGGUUAAUGGUGGGGUAUUAAAGACCGGAUUAAAAUCUAA